AUGAGGGAGGCGGAGCCUCUCCCAGGAAGAGGGCGUGGCUUUGCAGACGGGGCGGGCGCCGCCCACCCUGUGGAGGCGGGGCAUCCAGCAGGCAGCGCCACUGAGACAGCUCCCGUAGGAGGGGCAGUACGGAGCCGGUCUGAAUUUCCGCCUGUCUCUGCCUCUGUCUCCAGGGAGACCAUAUACGGGCGGGUGUGGAGCUUCACCUCGGACUUCUCCCGCGGCGACACGGCCUACACCAAGCUGGCGCUGGACUGCCACACCGAUACGUCCUACUUCCAGGAGCCGUGCGGGAUCCAGGUGUUCCACUGCCUCAGACACGAGGGGACCGGCGGACGGACGCUGCUGGUGGACGGAUUCCACGCCGCGGAGAAGGUUCUCCAGGAGCGGCCGGAGGACUUUGAGCUGCUCGCCCGUGUGCCCAUCAAGCACGAGUACAUCGAGAACAUGAGGGACCACAGCAACCACAUGAUCGGGAUUGGGCCCGUGCUCAACGUCUACCCCUGGAACAACGAGGUGUACAUGAUCCGGUACAAUAACUACGACCGAGCGGUGAUCAACACGGUUCCCCACGACGUGGUGCAGCGCUGGUAUGUCGCCCACCGGGGGCUGACCACCGAGCUGAGGAAGCCCGAGAACAAGCUGUGGGUCAAGCUCAAACCGGGAAAGGUGCUGUUCAUUGAUAACUGGCGGGUCCUGCAUGGCCGUGAGUCCUUCACUGGGCUGCGGCAGCUGUGUGGGUGUUACCUGACCCGCGACGACGUGCUGAACACGGCCCGCUCCCUGGGGCUGCAGGCCUGAGAGAGGCCCCCAGACGAGCCAAAGCCCCACCCCAAAACCAGACCCACCCCAAAACCAGGCCCACCCCAAAACCAGACCCACCCCAAAAGACCCACCCCAAAACCAGACCCACCCCAAAACCAGACCCACCCCAAAAGACCCACCCCAAAACCAGACCCACCCCAAAACCCCCCCAAAAAAACCCACCCCCCAAGGUCCAGCCAUCAAUCCCCAGCACACACAUGGGCAAUCCCCUCCCCAAAUAACUCUUUCAUUUAACUGCCACAAGACAGCACUCACAUACAGCACAGGACACCUGUGGGAGAGAGAGGGGGAAGGACAGGGGGAUGAGAGAGGUCGAGAGGGACAGAGAGAGGGAAAGAGAGAUGAAGAGAGAUGGAGAGAGUGAGGUAGAGAGGAACAGAGGGAGAGAGAGAGAGAGGGGGGGAGAUGAAGAGAGGUAGAGAGAGAGGAGGGAGAGAGGGAGAUGAGAGAGGUAGAGAGAUGAAGAAAGAAGGAGAGAGAGAGGGAGAGAGAGGGAGGACAUGUGUUUAACUGGCACAAGACAGAAUUCUGUUUUAAGGGCUGUUAGCCUAUUGAUUGUGAAAUCGAUUUUGAUGAGCUAAAACUUUUUUUAGGCUACAGGUUUUAGGCAAUAGCCUAAACUGUUUUUAUGCUUCUCAAAUUAAGUCAUAUAACCAUGUGUACGUUCUUUUCUAUAUACAGCUUGAUAUGAGCUAACAGAGAGAGGUGAUGAUUACUGCUUAUUUAAACUGGAAAUGGUUGCAGCAAGCAUUAAUUAAUAAAGAUUGUGAAUCUCAACUAAA